AUUGAAUUGACGAUGCUUCAACCCAACAGCUCUUGAAUGUUUCUUCCUAAUAGAGAAUGUGGACUGAUUGCCGACCUUACAAAAAGCCUACCCAUAAUCUCGAGAGCAGAAAAGGCCAAUACUAAAAGCCAGUGGCAGAAGUACGAGCUCUGGGUGAGGCGGAUUUGAUCUUUUCCAUCUAGUUGACUUGCGGGUUCAUGGCCGCAAUAGGUAUACCCUGAGGUUUCGGCCAGCGAUACGAAAAGUACAAAGAAGUUCCGUUUCACAAGUCAGGUCAUUGGAAUGUGCUACAACCCCUUCUUGAUCUGUUCCGCUGUCGAAUGAACUAGCAUGAGCGGACAUUCAAGUGCAUUCACCCGUACCCAAAGUCACUUUCUCUCACAGCUUCAGGCUCGUGGUUUUACUAGAUGUCUUCUCUUCUUGGCCGGCUAUUCAUCAUUUUCUGUUACGUUUGAGUACCUUCACCCUGAUCUCUAAGCCAAUCUGUUCUGCUAUGGCUCGCCCAGCCGCAUAUGCUUUGCUCGCAACGGUUUUUGCACGUGCGAUUAGUGCCAGUUUGGAAUUCACCAACCCACUACCUUACAAUACAGACGGCAACGUUAGCAACUAUCAAACAUACAAGAAAGGUCACAGUCUGCUUGUUUUAUGGAGUGGGGGCGACCCAUCGGAGAAUGUCUCGAUAUUACUGGUUCAACAAGACUUUCAUAGCUUAGUGUAUUCAGAAUCGCUGCGGGGUGUGACAGGAUUUGAAUGGCUCGUAGACACGGCAAGAAAUCUUACAGAUUCGAACCUGUUCUCACUCGCUAUUACUCAAGGAAGCACCCAAAGCUCAGCCAGCCAAUACUUGUUCAUCGAGGAGGAUUUCGGUGAAGGGAGCGAUUCUGACUUGUCAUCGUCUUCGGCGAUAUCUCCUACAGCAACGUCAAACGGCGCAUCAACUGUAACAAGGACAGCAGCCUCACACUCGGCAUUCAAAAUUGCAAUAUCAACAAGCUCAAAUUUGCCGACCAUUAAAACAAACGUACCUAACCUCUCCACCGAAUGGAUCAUAAACGACGGCUUCCCGCUAGGAGCGAAGCUUAGUCUCGGCGUAGGGAUACCCGUAGCUAUUGUCCUCGGGCUUUUAGCUGGAUGGCUGACCUUCCGUCGUCAGAAGAGAGAUAUUGCGGCGCACAAGCUACCCACCAGCGUGAAUGAACAACUUGAGCCCGAAAGAGGUCGUCACAAUCGUAGCAUAGACAGGCAUGAAGCGCCAGACCAAGGUCUUCACGAAGCGGCAGUUAAUCAUGUCCACGAAGUACCCCCAAACCAACGCCUGGAGAUAGGACAGUCAGAGGAGCAGGGUUUAUCGAAACGGAGAGGCGAGGUAGACAAUAAUUCUACGCUUGAGUCGGUACGGUAUGAGAUGGACGCCGGCUCUCCCAUGCAAGCUUACAACCAAACUGUCAAGUGA